AUGCCCACCGCCAGCUUGACCGUCGAUCCUGACGAUAACCACGGUGUGUUCCUCAGUAGUGUAAGAGGAAGGACGGUGGUUUGCGCGCGAAUCAGAUUAUAGUGGUGGUAGACUUGUACAGCAUUUAACGCACUCCCUCCUCCUCCUCUCCACCUAGAUCCGAUUUCAAGAGGGAGUCUAGAAGACAGUAGGCGGGAGAAGGCGUAGGUGGGUGGCAUGGCGUAAACACGCACCUAGACAUACCAUCACAUCACCUGAUCCACAGUUAACACUGAAUAAGACCUUCUACAACAACAAAAAAGGGGGCGACACAGUUCCCAGUUGGCGCAACGUGAGCCGGCAACUGGGCCUGCUGACACACCCCCACAUGUUGGCAUUUGUCGUCGCGUGUGCACUUUCACAUUAACGCCUGCCGGACUCUAUGCUCAAGUCUCUGUGGCCCGUUUUAGGGGCAAAACGUUCUGAACCAACGUUAUGUAGUCUAUCAUUAGUGUACCACCUCUCAUCCUGUUUAUGCGAUAUGCGAUGUUUGUCUAUAGAAGCAGUUUAUUUGACGGGAUUUUUAAACAGGACCCCUUCGCUUCUGAUGUCUCUUAGGUUUUUCUGCACGCACUUCUGCCUAGAUUAGCGGAAUGAAAUACAUUCAUCAGGUAUAACUUAUGAACAAAAAUGCAGUAUGCCUCAUUUUUCAACUAUUUAAUGAGGAUGAAUUUCCAGGACGAAGAGUCGGAAAAUCAUUCUUUUCGAAGCGUAGACGUACCUUUUCUGACGUUUCCUUAUCCAUGACCAAGUACAUUGUGGGCGAAUAGUAGUGGGCAUUAGAAGCGAACUUAGCCUUUCGGUGUGCUGUUCGAGGACACCUAUGGCGAAAACAAUGGGUAGCGUGAACCACAAUGUGAAAAUAUUUACGAUGGAGAUCCGCGGAAUGGCGUGUUAUCCUUCGGAAAAUGACUGUGGGGAAUAUAAAGUUUGAGCAAAUGAAAUUGAGGAUUUAUGCCUUUCGAGGGUAGCUUCAGACGGUUAGGCUAUCAUAGCUUUUAUGAAGAAACGUGCCCCCCCCAGUGAUUGCCUUUAUCUACCAGCAGCCAGUGUAAAUAAUCAUUGUUCGGCACAUAUGCACAUUAUUCCGUAUUUUUUUCCGGAUAUCCAUGUAGAGAGAAAUGUUAAAGGAAGACCCAUCAUCAAGUUUGACGUACACAUGUCGACAAUACUUACGUCAUGACGGACAGCACCGACGUAGGCAGGAGUUCAUCGUCUUGACAGCACUUCCUAACCACCGUCUAGCAAAAUACCGUUGGAGUAGAUGAAUAUAACAUCAACAAGCGCAUGGGAACAAUAAGAAUAAGGCAGAUAUCUGCGGUGAGUAUAUAUGGUUAAAACAAGUGGCAUGCGAAAAUUCCCCAUCUCCUUUAAAAGGUAUCGAGAGGUGAGAACUGCGUGCGGUAUUAGGCACCGUCAUCUAGCCACACUUGCAAGAAUAUGUGGCCCCAACCCCUGCGAUGGCAAAGGGGUUGUUGCAAUUACCUUCCUGGUCUUAAUUAAUCCUAUACUGACUCGCUUUUAGGCUUCGACCUAUCUGUAACAGACAGUGGGAAUCCAUAGGAAAGUGGUCGAGAAAUAAUAUAUAUAUAUAUAUAUAUAUAUAUAUAUAUAUAGGCAGAAUGAUAUUAACGACAAAGACACGGGAGACUGGAAUGGCCAUUUCUGGCUUAUUAGCCGUCGUCAGCCAGAGGCUAAUAAGACAGAAAUGGCCAUUCCAGUCUCCCUUGUCUUUGUCGGUAAUAUCAUUCUGCCUAUAUAUCAUGCGCCGCUACGCGGCUGCUGGUUAGGCUCGAGAGAGAGCCCUUAAGGCACAACGGAACGAGUGAGUACCGUGUGAACGAUCGGCGAGCGCCCUCUACCAUUAUAUAUAUAUAUAUGUGGUGUGUAGGUGUGUCCGGUUGUGUGUCCACGUGAAUGUCGUGGUGGGUCGCUCACUUGCUUGCGGAUCUUGACGACGCAUAGAGUCCAUUAACUGUCACCCAAUUAUCAUACGUGACUCUUCAGAACUCGCCUCCAUCUAGCGGUCAAACCAUCCAGUAUCCGCCCCGAUCGGCGGGCUAAGCCCCGUGAAAUUAUCAGUGUGUACAUCUCCACACUUGGUAAUUCUGCCUAUUUUUGCUCCUUCGCACAUUCUCUCCGCACUCCUCCUCCGCCAUUCACACUUCCCAAUCUCUAUCCUGCUCUACCGUCUUACUCCACGGUCGGAGGUCUUACGACGAGAGUGACAGCAACCACGUAGGCGGCCCAAUCCAUUGUUCGUUCUCUCACUAAACCCCGUGACCCAUAACGGAAAGCGUUAUCCAUCUGGUGCGACAAAGCAGCACUAUCUGAGGAAAGCACUCCUUUUCCCACGAGGAGAAGGGGCUAGAAAAGGUACCCCAACAAAGCUGGGUUCACUAAAUCUGUGCGCAGACCGUGACUCGCAGACUGUUUAACAUGCGACCGAAACCAAAAUACACUUUCUCUCUCUCCCCCCCCCCCUCCUCCCCCUACCCGCCACCCAACCCCACAGGCAAAUAGCGUAGGUCCGUUCACCCUGGCAGUCUGAAAUUUGCAUUCUCUUUUACACGAUCCCAAGAGAAACCGAUCGAGACCGCGGACUGCACCAGUAGCUUAAGAACUGACGCGCCUCAAGGUGGACACUGCUGCACUCAGCGACACCCUGUUCUACGAAUGGGGCCAACUGGCGUAGGUGGGUGUCGGCUACACUUUCUUCUGUAGUGGCUGUCGAAAAGCAGAUAGACGAGACGCUGGCGUCGCUUUCGACACCCGAGAAGACAUCGUGCGACGAGUGCCGUGUCUACUGCAGCAACGACCGGCCAUUGAAUCUGCGCCUACUUCCUCGGGAUCCCAUUUCACCACCAAUGACCGACUCUGACAAGGCGAAGAUCAAGUUCUAGGGAAACCUAAACACCGCCUGAUGGACCACCUCACGGUGCUAUUUCAGGAGGUGUAACAGUGUGGACAAGUGCCUCCGGACUUCAAGGACGAAACCACUGUUCAUCUCUACAAACGUAAAGGUAACCGGAAAGUCUGUGACAAUCACAAAGUUAACUCGCUGCUUAACAUUGCCGGGAAGAUCUCCGCCUGCAUCGUUCUCAGUCACCACAACAGACAUUUCGAGCAAGAACUCUUGUCGGAAAGCCGAUGUGGUUUCCAACGACAUCCUUCUAGGCCAAAAGGCCUGCUUGCGUCAGCCAUGAUAGGACCAGCAAACUAUGGCACUCUCAGCCUGCUAUGCGCUGGCAGUUCCCCGCCUCUAGAUGCGCUGGCGCUCUCGCUGGAUAUACAGGUCGUGAACAUGGCUGUUCAUUCAUCCUCCUCCUUUUGACCCGUCGUCGUGGUGUUAUUGUGGUUAUUGUUUUUCAUUGAAAUCCUAGUCAGUUUUUGUGUGGAUCGGGGGUUUGAGGUGGAGCGCCAAGCUGCAGACUCGGCCGUGCCAUCCACCUGUGCCCUUCCCAGGCCCCUGGCUUCUUUACUCUGCCUUGACACCGGGCACAGGUGGGGGGGGGAAGGAGCGAGCACGGUAGACGCUGCGCAAUCCUAAACACAGUAUAAACUAAUUCACACGCAAUUCAACUUGCUGUGGGGUACAUGCAGGUUAUCUUCGAAUGUAACGGUGUAACUGCCGCCAUAUGCACAGAUAUGUGAGAAGGUAAGGCGAUCACAGGAACCAUGAAUUUCUCGGCCUGACGUUUCGAAAGCAAACAAGCUUCCAAUAUCUGAGGAGGGUUGCGUACAGCACGUCACAGCAUUUAUUGGUUUUUCUUCGUGUUGGCGUGUCACUGACUUCCAGCGUGCUGCAUCGCGCGGUUGGCGACUGUUGUCAUGGUGGUAUUGACUCCUUCUCAUCCUUUUUCGGAUGUGCGGAGGUGGACGGCGUCGGCGUGCUCGCGGCCAUUGGCUCUUGUUUGCAUUGUCCGUUGUUCGCCCUCCACGUAUCUCGCUUUCCUGUCCCGUUCACACCUGCCCCGUUAACGUAUGAACGGUGAUUGUCGCGCCAGUGUUGACGUCGGGCUGGGCGCCCCGUCACUGUCGUUCGUUCUCUCCGAGAUCCAAUAGACGACGCUGGCUGCUUCGCCUCGUGUCAGAGGCGUUUUUGGGUCUCAUGGCCAGACGUCUGAUUUUCGCUUCGAGCUUUGGGGCAAUGCCGAUACCCACUGAUUGCAAGAUAUGAGCAACUGCCUCGGAAACGCUCGCAAUGUAUGGCAGCGCUCGCCAGACCUUCGGUUGAUUCGCCGUUAGCCUUAUAUUUGGUCUGCAUAGUCUGCUGCUUUCUAUAAAGCUGCGGGGAUAACCGCUGGAAAAUAAAAUCCACCGCAGAUAGUAGAGUUUGGCUACUUUGUCGGCCAUUUCGCUGCAGUGAGUGUCAACUCUCUAGUAGGGUGAUCGCACGCAGCUUCGCUUGUGAAACAAUGUGUGAUUACUGUGGUAGGAUAGGACUUGCCGAAUAUUGGUGGCCUUCAUGUAAACCGUCGUUUUCAGACCCCCGUUAAUCUUGCGAUGAAUCAGAACGUCUAGGAACGCGAUACGAUUGUUUUUCUCUGUCUCCAUGGUGAAUUGAAUAUCCGGAAAUACAGAGUUCAGCAGCGCGUGGAAAUUUAAGUCUAUUUUGCUUUUGAGAACGACGAACGUAUAGUCCAUAUAUCGUUCCAAAAAUUUUGACUUCUAUAUUGCGAACACCAACGCCUCUAACUUUUGACAAACCGCCUCAGUAAUGAAACCGUAUAGCGGUGAUUCCAUGGGCGCACAAUAGAUUUACUAGUUCACAGUCCCUUCAAACCUGAAGGAUGUUUGCCAAUUAUAACCGUGGAUCGCCCUUUGUCUGCAGGUAGAAUCACGAUACUCUUCGCCGCAUUCAGCGUCCUGAGGGCAUCCUGCUGCGCUCUCGGGAUGACCAAACAUGGCUUGUACGUCAUAACCAGGGAGGUGACUUGUUGCUGAAUGAGGUGCUGUGUCUCGACCGGUUCCCGGGAGUGCUUUACAUUCGACUCGAUUGUGACCAUGGGGUUCACCGAGACGGCGUCCGAGAUGUUGAAUCCAGCUCCGGCUUAAAUUCUUUGGAGGAUAGAUUGUGGACCAGAACCUCGUUGUCCUCCUGUGUAACGGAGCCUAAUUUUUCAGAUUUGUCCAUCAGCUCCCUAUCUCGUCUGGAUCUCAGUUUACUAAUCCCUUGGCUGAAAAAUUCUGUCUUGUUCUGGCCAACGAAUUCCGAGCACUUUUAAGGUGACUGGCUCAAGAUACACAUAUGCAUACUCCACUGGUAAAUAUGUGGAAGAACGUAAUGGCCGCAUUUUGGUCAAUCACAAUUAAGCGCCGGACGAAGGCGGUGCCUGAACUCGGAACUCAGUAUUGAAGUAACGGUUCAAGGGAGUUGCUUAGAGACGUCGAACCUGUGCAAGUGACUGUGCGGAAGGGAUCGGUUGCAAGAGGUUAUACUCAGCAACAUUUGAUUUACACGGAGAAAGUUUGCGGCUGUCAUUUGCGGAGAGAGAUAAGGCAGCGAUACAGAAGUAAGAAAAAAAUUCUACCACCAAAGUAGUGGAAUUUCUGUGGAAAAUGCAUUGGGCGUUGCCGAGGUCGCGGAAGUCCUCCACCUGAGGCAUUCUUGGAGACUAUAAAAAAAUACGUAAGCGAGCAGAGAAAUGUAGGGGCACGAGAUUGCCUGGCAGGGUAGACGGAAAUGUUCCGUCGAAAAAAUAUGACAGUUUCCACUUGACAUAAAACGUCGAAAAAACUAUUUCAUUUCCCCGGGGUUCAGUUAUUCAAUUCUCGAAUCCAGCAGGUGAGAUAACGCCCUUUGAGGUAGACUCCUGCUUGGAUAUUUAGGAGAGGGGUAAUCGCUAUGGUAGAGGAGACUUAAGGCAGAUAAAGGAGGGGAAGUGUGGAUGGGUUUAGAUGAGCCAAACGUUAUUGUGAGCAUGCACUUUAAUAGAUUUUUCUGACAAAGCACAUAUUUUAACAGUAGAACGUUCUGAUAUAAAUGUCCUGGCUUGGGGAGAAUGCGCCUAAUCUAAGUAUAUUUGACGAACGGGGUUUUCAACCAAUUGAAAAAUAGCAAUUAAAGCACUCCGCUUUUCACAAGCUGCCCACUUUCGAUUGUAUCAGCAUGAAAACAUACUAAUUUGAUAUUUAUUAUUUUUUAGGAGAGGAGAAAUCGCGCUUUAAGCAAAAUAUGCAAUACUUCGAAAUAUCAAUUUUUUGCCAAAAACUGGCGUCAGGUUGCGGCUUAUUGAGAAAAUACUAUUUCCUUGGCAGUUGCAGCUAACUUGCAGCUAAAAUUCGAGCCAGUAUAACAUUCGGGUGAACCCAAGAAGUUAUCCCUUAUCCAAUGCUGCAAUGAGGCUCGGGAUUCCAGCAACUAGGAAUAAAUUAUGAAGAUUAAUUAUUCACACUCUACACCCACCAUCUAAUUUUUGAGCCUAUCAAAGGAGAAGUUUUUGCGUGGCAUUUAUUACACACUUGUAAAAUCAUCGUCACGAAGGUGUCUUCUGAGUUUACCUUAUUGCUAGUAUGCGCAGUGCAAGUCACAUUGAUGUCAUCUUUUUUCGCUGCAACAGGCAUUUCUUGAACAAUGGUCAAAUGGUGUCCUCGAGACUAUAAAUCUCGUGUUCCUAUGACUCUGGUCAGGUUGGUGUUGAAAAUUAUUUAUUUUAUCAAAUUACACACACAUUAGUACCUCUCACUUCCUCCUGCGUCAUCAAAAGUAUAUGCGUAAUCUGCUGGAUGUGGAAGGCAUGAGACUGUCGCCUUCCUGCGAGAGUUAGGUGUCGUAACUUGAUGAACACCUAACUUUGGCUGGUCCAAAGCCUUCCUUUGUUGUCGUGGUUUCGGAUCCCACCGAGACGCCAAGUUUUUCACAAUAAAGUCAAAAAGAAAAAGAGUAUUGUUAGUUUAAUACAAUGCAAAAGCUUAGCAGGUGUUGACAAACCCCUUUUCUCCUCUAUAAUAAGGGAGAGCAAGGAUCAAUAGACGAAUGUUCUUUUAUAGUAACAGAAUGGUUGCAGCGUGAAAUACCCUGCCUUCUGAUGUUUUAGUCUCCCCUGCGUGAAUUUCUUUAAGUGUAGACUUGGCGUGUAUUAAUCUUACCAAUUAUUAGCCCAACAUCUACUCACAUAAUCCGGCACUAACUUCUACACGUUUACACUACUUGCAAAUGGUAAGUAACUGUUAAUGAUGAUUUUUUUCGACUAGCUGACAGCUGUCCACAAUUAUGUAUAAAAUCUCUUUUUCACCAUCCCACUUAUCAGUGUUUUUCACCAACGAAUUUUAACCAAUAGGAAGUCCAAAAACGCUAUCCUAUACCUCCUUUAAUAAAAAAUAAAUUGAACCUUCGCAAAUCGCACAACCAGUAAACUUCGCUCUCAUUGUUGCUGCCAACCGCUUGCCGAAAUGGCAACGACCUAAGGCAUUAACCGGGGAUUGGGGUUUUUUAUCUGUCUCAAUCGCUCGGUGAGCAGUGACAUUAUUUUUUGAGAAAAACAAAACAUGAAUAGAAACUCCCUCAAAACUAAUGGAAACGGGAUCUAAAGCAGACAGUUAACUUUGCGCAGCAAGGAGACGUGCGAUGUACACAACAACGAUCCAUUCAGACGGAACUAUUUUUGGGUUAUAAAACUUAUUCAAAGGCUAAUGAUGCAGUUGAGGAUUGCACCACCCAGCUGAAGGGCUUCGUCUUGUGUGUCAAACUACAACGGAUAGGCCCACGACAGUCAUUACAAUGCUCACUAUGCAUGCACAUGCAUUCCACCUGAUCUUUGCCCUUUCAUGUCAAUCAGUGUUGAAAAUAGAGUAUAUUUCCUGAGGCUGCUGGUUCCAUGCCUGCCAUCGACAGCCACAGCAUUUGCCAGUAAAGAUCCCCUUGGUGGUCAUUGUUGGUUUCGGUGAGUCAUUGUUACAUGGUAGCACAGACGCAGGCACGGUCAGAGUUCCCCGGGAGAGUACUGGGUAAGAUUGGCCAAAUCUGCGUUGGAAGAUGGUGCUUGAAGCCGUCUCGAAUAGAAAGGUUGUUACCCCCAAGGAAUGGUAGUAGUUUGUAGCUGACGAAAUGAGACUUGCGCAGUAUCGACUGCUGCCCCACCUCCUCCUUCCCCUCCCCCUCAGCCUCCUCAUCUUCGUCGUCAAAUGCCUCACUACACCAUUCCUCUCUCAUUCUCUCUGUCCUCUUAUACAUUUCAAUCCGCAACAUCCUCCAUUGCUGUUGAUGAUGAUGAUGAUGAUGAGGAGGAGGAGGAGGAUGAUGAUGAUGAUGAUGCCUUGCUGACAUUGUCCAGAUGA